AUGGUGCAGCAGGCGGAGAGCUUGGAAGCGGAGAGCAACCUGCCCCGGGAGGCGCUGGACACGGAAGAGGGCGAAUUCAUGGCGUGCAGCCCGGUGGCCCUGGACGAGAGCGACCCGGACUGGUGCAAGACGGCGUCCGGCCACAUCAAGCGGCCGAUGAACGCGUUCAUGGUGUGGUCCAAGAUCGAGCGCCGGAAGAUCAUGGAGCAGUCCCCGGACAUGCACAACGCCGAGAUCUCCAAGAGGCUGGGCAAGCGGUGGAAAAUGCUCAAGGACAGCGAGAAGAUCCCGUUCAUCCGGGAGGCGGAGCGGCUGCGGCUGAAGCACAUGGCCGACUACCCCGACUACAAGUACCGGCCCCGGAAAAAGCCCAAGAUGGACCCCUCGGCUAAGCCCAGCGCCAGCCAGAGCCCGGAGAAGAGCGCGGCGGGCGGCGGCGCGGGCGCGGGCGGCGCCAAGACCUCCAAGAGCUCCGGCAAGAAGUGCGGGAAGCUCAAGGCCCCCCCCGCCGCCGCCGCCGCCGCCGCCGCCAGGGCCGGGGCCGGGGCCGGGGCCGGGGCCGGGGCGGGCAAGGCGGCCCAGCCCGGGGACUUCGGGGCCGCGGGGGACGACGGCGCCCCGGGCGGCCCGCGCGCGGGCGGCGCGGGCGGCGGCGGCGGCGGCGCGGGGAAGCCGACGGUCAAGUGCGUGUUCCUGGACGAGGACGACGACGAGGACGAGGACGACGACGAGCUGCAGCUGCGGAUCAAGCAGGAGGCGGACGACGAGGACGAGGAGCCGCCGCACCCGCCGCUCCUGCAGCCCCCGGGCCCGCAGCAGGCCCCGCCGCUGCUGAGACGCUACAACGUGGCCAAGGUGCCGGCCAGCCCCACGCUGAGCAGCUCGGCCGAGUCCCCCGAGGGCGCCAGCCUGUACGAGGAGGUGCGGGCGGGCGCGCCCUCGGGCUCCGGGGCCGGCAGCCGCCUCUACUACAGCUUCAAGAACAUCACCAAGCAGCAGCCGCCGGCGCUGGCGCAGCCCGCGCUCCCGCCCGCGUCCGCGCGCUCCGGCUCCGUCUCCGCCUCCUCGGGCGCCGGCGCGGGCGGCGGCGACGACGGCGACGACCUGAUGUUCGACCUGAGCUUGAAUUUCUCCCAAAGCGCGCACGGCGCCGGCGAGCAGCCGCUCGGGGCGGGCGCGGCGGCGGCGGCGGCGGCGGCGGCCGGGAACCUGUCCCUGUCGCUGGUCGACAAAGAUUUGGAUUCGUUCAGCGAGGGCAGCCUGGGCUCCCACUUCGAGUUCCCCGAUUACUGCACGCCCGAGCUGAGCGAGAUGAUCGCGGGGGACUGGCUGGAGGCGAACUUCUCCGACCUGGUGUUCACGUAUUGA